AUGGGAGUUGCCAAGCCUGCUGUAACACCUUCAGAUUACAAUGUAAAGUUGACCACAAAAAAGUUUGAUGAUCAUGUUAAACACUUGCAGUCAGGUGAGGAUCCUCCGACAAACCAAGAAACCUAUCAAAAAUUGGUUGGAAAACUACUGUACCUAACAAUGACAAGGCCAAAUAUUUCCUUUAGUGUUCAAACACUAAGUCAGUUUCUUCAAGGUCCAAAAAAGUCUCGUAUAGAAGCUGCAUUAAGGGUAGUAAGGUAUAUAAAGAAUCAACCAGGUCAGGGCAUCCUGCUGUCUAGUAGUGCUAAUGAACGUGUGAGUGCCUACUUUGAUGCUGACUGGGCAUCAUGCCCUCAUACAAGAAGGUCUAUUACUGGUUAUCUUGUAAAAAUUGGUGAUUCAAUAGUCUCUUGGAAGUCGAAGAAACAAGCUACUGUGUCUAGAAGUUCAGCUGAAGCUGAAUUCAGAAGUAUGAAAGACGUAACAGCUGAACUAAUAUGGGUCUUAGUCCUGGUGAAAGAGAUUUGCCUGGACAUAACCCUUCCAGCAGAGAUAUACAGUGACAGUAAAUCAGCUAUACAAAUAGCAGCUAAUCUG